AUGGUUGACGUAGAAGAAUUCAUCGCUCAAAAGGUGUUGGAGAAAUGCAAGCUGUAUGCGUGCGUUGAUCGGUUUCUAGCUCGCCUCUCUGGCAUACGGGGUGAUCCCCACUCGCGUCCCAUCCCCGAUUUCAGUUCAUUUAACAAGAGGGACACCGAGAAGUUAAAGGGCCUUGCGGUGGAGUUGCAAGCGGACAUCAACCGUCUCCUUCCCGGAUAUUUGGGCGACAAUGCUGAUGCCCUAUCCAAUCCAAAGCUGAAGAGACAGUUCGACGAUCGGUGGCCUCUCAUGCAAAACAAACGGCAGAAGCUUGCUGAUGAGCCAGCUACCUUCCGACAGAGCUUGCUAGAAACACUGGCUAUGCAACAAUGGCGGCAGAUGGUUGAUACUGAAGAGGAUGAUGGGCAGACGGCCCCUGCAUUGGCUAAAAUUGCUUGGAAAGAGGCUCGCAAGCAGCUUGAAAGUUCAAUCAUCAGCGAAAGAAAAUCCGCGUCCUUUGUCUGUGGCGGUAUCAUCCCGAUUGAAAUCACUCAAACAACCAAGACAGCGGCAAAUGUGUCAGGUGAGCAAAAAUUCACGACAGCAAAAGACAGGAGGAACGAGAAAGGCUCUCCUUGCACUCCUAGCUCGUCUGCUUUUAUGUUUACUUUCUUUUUCCUUACUUCCCUCUAUAAUUCGCUCCCUAACGAUUCUCUAGCUACCACUACAAUCCCAGGAAAGGAGUUGUCGCCUCCCGUUCACAUUUUCUGGGCUCCUGGAGAAGACAACAAAGCCCGAAAGUUGAUUCUGCCGGUCAAUGACGACGCUGUCCAUGAUUCUAGCAUGGAAAGACUUCGUCAAUUAGUUGUGGAUUGCGACGUCGCCAGCUUUGGGAAAGGACAGCAGGAUGUGGUCGACCCUGAAUAUCGCAAGGCUGGAAAGCUUGACCCACGCAACUUCGCGACUAGCUUUCACCCAGCCGAUUUUGGGAUUCUCGAAAAUGUCGAGCAGGUUCUUCUUCCCAGCAUUAGUACCGAUAUCCAGAACCGACUGCCAUUCCGGAAGCUCAGUACUGAGCUGUACAAACUGAAUGUCUACUCGGGACCAUCGGGCCUUUUCCGAAAACAUGUCGAUACUCCCCGCGCUGAUAACCAAAUUGGCUCACUUGUUGUGUGCUUGCCAUCCUCCUUCAAGGGCGGCGACUUGCUUGUUCGGCAUCACGGUAAGGAGGUAGUGUUUGACUGGAGUUCUCACAGCACGGAUGCCAUCCAAUGGGCAGCUUUCUACAGUGACCGCGAACAUGAGAUCAAGACAGUCAGUGAUGGCGAGCGCAUUACUUUAACUUACAAUCUCUACGUAACCGAGCCAGUGGGUGGAUCGAUUCCACCAAAUAUCGUGGUCGACCCGAAGACUCUGCCGCUCUAUGAUUUCUUGAGGGGCCUUGUCACGCAGCCUGGAUUCAUGAAAGAUGGUGGUGUUCUCGGCAUCUACUGCUCUCAUGCAUAUCCACAUUCAUCAGAUGUUGCUCAGGAGUUGCUUCCGAGAGCCCUGAAAGGGGCCGACCUGGUGCUGUAUUCGGUGUUCAAAUGGCUAGACAUAAAAGUAGAAGUCCGCCCUGUGUUGUCUAACGUGAGAGAUUUUGAAGAUGAUUAUGAAGAGGAGGAGUCCGAAGAGGAGUCUGGAGGGGAUUCUGAAGAGCAGUCUGAAGAGCAGUCUGACGAGGACUCUGAAGAGGCGCCCGAAGGGGAAACCGACGACGAGAAUGGAGAACAGGGAGCCAUUAACACUGUAUCCGGUGUUCGCCGCAGUCCACAAGAUCUUCCCAGGGAAGUCACGCCAGCUGAACUGGAAUUCAUCCGAGACACCCUGUCUGCCCCUGCAGACUAUAUGGAUGUCGAUAAGCGCUGGAAGACGCUUUACUUCUCUCUCAGAAUGCGGGGAAAGGAAGCGGUUUCCAAAUUUACCCGGAAUCACAGGCUGUGGUUGAAGUCCAAUGGUUUCUUCAAAAACAAGGGGGAGUUUGUUGGCCAAGACCUGCUGUCUUACAAAGCCUGUGACUAUGAGGAAGAAGAAGGAGAAGGCUUGGCUAAGAUCAUCGACAGUGUUAAUUGGCCCGCAGACCGCAUUCCUGGCAUUACAUGGAUUGCCAAUCCAGGAAACGAGGAACUGGCGUUCAGCUACAUAGCUUAUGGGAACCAGGCUUCCCUAGGGAGUAUGUAUUCCUGCGCUGCAAUUCUGGCGGUGAUUCCCCCAUUUGAUCAGCGCCAGGCUAUCAUGGGACAGGAAGGUUGCGGCACCAUCAACAAUUGA